UUUUGAUGGCAGUUUUUUGCUGCCAGACUUAAGAGAGGAGGAAGAAGAAGAAGAAGGGGGUAGGUCCACAAAAAGACUCCUCCCUAGCUUUCGGUCAGUGCGCCUUGACACUUUGCUGUGAAUGCAACUAAAGCGUCAGAAGACUGCAGCGAAGGUGGUGCCUCCCUGAGUAAAAGCCCUGACUCUACCGCACACGCCAAGCCCAGAGAAGCAUGACUGCCUUCAACUCGCCCAGAGAUAAAUACAAUGGCGUGUGGAUCAUUUUUUUCAUCCUGGGCUUGGGAACACUCUUGCCAUGGAACUUCUUCAUGACGGCCACCAUGUACUUCACCAGCCGGCUGAAGGACUCCAACACAGAGUCCAACCAGACGGCCAAACAGACCGAGGUUGGCGAGGACACGCGUAACGUCCUGGAGUCCAAGUUCAACAACGUGAUGACGCUGUGCGCCAUGGUGCCUCUGCUCAUCUUCGCCUGCCUCAACUCCUUCAUCCACCAGAGGAUCCCUCAGAAACUGCGCAUCUCUGGCAGCCUGACGGUCAUCCUGGUGGUCUUCCUGCUGACGGCCCUGCUGGUGAAGGUGGAUGUGACCCCGCUGGCCUUCUUCACGCUCACCAUGAUCAAGAUUAUCUUCAUCAACUCGUUCGGUGCCAUCCUCCAAGGGAGCUUGUUUGGCCUGGCAGGGGUUCUCCCCGCCUCCUACACCACACCCUUCAUGAGCGGCCAGGGUCUGGCUGGCACCUUUGCUGCCUUCUCCAUGAUCUGCGCCUUGGCCACUGGGUCGGCCCUGCGGGACAGCGCCUUUGGUUACUUCAUCACCGCCUGCUUUGUCAUUCUUAUGGCCAUCAUCUCCUACCUCACCCUGCCCAGGCUGGAGUUCUUCCAGUACUGCAUGGAGAGCAGCAGAUCCAGACCAUCCGGGGACGAGGACAACAAGAUGGAUCUUCUCAAAAAAGAGAGCCAAGACGAGAGGCAAGCGACGGCGAGUCUGAUGGCGGACGACAGCAAAUCUUCGGUGUCCGUGCUGAGAAUCCUCAAGAAGAUCUGGGUCAUGGCUCUGUCCGUGUGCUUCAUCUUCACCGUCACCAUCGGAGUGUUCCCGGCCGUGACCGUCGAUGUCAAGUCCACCAUGGCCGACGGAGGAGAAUGGGACACCUACUUCAUACCUGUUUCCUGCUUCCUGCUCUUCAACCUGAUGGACUGGGCUGGCAGGAGUCUGACCGCCUUGGUCAUGUGGCCCGACAAGGACAGCAAGUGGCUCCCCACCCUGGUGGGCGUGCGGGUGGUGUUUGUGCCGCUCUUCAUGCUGUGUAACGUUCAUCCUCGCCACUUCCUGCCCGUGGUGUUUGCUCACGACGCUUGGUACAUCGUCUUCAUCAUCCUCUUCGCCUUCUCCAACGGCUACCUGGCCUCCCUCUGUAUGUGCUUCGGACCCAAGAAAGUCGCACAACACGAGGCGGAGACGGCGGGCGCCAUCAUGGCCUUCUUCCUGUCGCUGGGCUUGGCACUGGGAGCCGCCAUCUCCUUCCUGUUCAGGACCGUCAUCUAGUUGGCGAGGACCGGACGUCACUCCGCCUUCCGCCGUGGUUACCGCGGCAACGCCUUUCUGACAGAAUGCAACUUGAUGAUUGACGUCUUGCUGUUCGUAAGAGGUCACAUUCUUCAUACUUUUGUUUAUGGGGUUCGAAAGUUGACACGUUUUAUUUUUUAUUUUUUUUUACCACCAACAAAAAUGUACAAAGUACUUUUAGGGCCCAAACCGGUACAGCAGGGGUGUCCAAACUUUUUCCACAGUGGGCCGCACACGGAUUUUUGAUAGUUUUCAUUUUCAGACCAUAACAAAAUAUAUGGAUUUUUUUUUUUUUCCUCCUUCCUCUUCCUCUUACAUUUAUAUAGCGCUUUUCUCUAGUGACUCAAAGGGGCGGCAUAGCUCGGUUGGUAGAGUGGCCGUGCUAGCAACUUGAGGGUUGCAGGUUCGAUUCCCGCUUGUGCCAUCCUAGUCACUGCCGUUGUGUCCUUGGGCAAGACACUUUACCCACCUGCUCCCAGUGCCACCCACACUGGUUUAAAUGUAACUUAGAUAUUGAGUGUCACUAUGCAAAGCGCUUUGAGUCACUAGAGAAAAGCGCUAUAUAAAUAUAAUUCACAGUUUACAUAGUGAAACCCAAUAUCUAAGUUACAUUUAAAGCAGUGUGGGUGGCACUGGGAGCAGGUGGGUAAAGUGCCUUGCCCGAGGACACAACGGCAGUGACUAGGAUGGUGGAAGCGGGAAUUGAACCUGCAACCCUACCAACCGAGCUAAACCGCUCCUUAGGGCUCCUGGGGAGCAUAGAGGGUCUCAGUCACUAAAAUGUUUUUUUUUAUCUAUUUAUUUAAUGCUUGCAGUAAAUCUCUAUAUCAACUUGAGGUUGAUAUAAAGUAAAAAAAAAUAAGGUUUUAUGCCUUUUCUGUCAGACAACUUUCUUUUUUAUAGUAAAACUGAAACAUGCAGUAUUUAGAUAGAUAGUACUUUAUUUAGCAAUUAAAGCCCUCAAACAUCAAUAAUGCAGGACACCAUUGAUUUUAACUAUUUAAUAUUUUUAAGUAAUCACAGUGAAAAGUUAAAUAAAAUUCUACUAAAUAUACCGUAUUUCCUUGAAUUGCCGUCAGGCCGCUAAUUAAUUUAAAACCUCUUCUCACUCCUGCGCUUACUAAAGGCGUGCGGUAAAAGUAAGCAUGCGCUAAUUAUUUUAAAACCUCUUCUCACUCCGACACUUACCAAAGGCAUGCGGUAAAAAUUGGAGCGUGAAGUAGGGAUACCAUCAUGAAAAGCGUAUUUAAUUUAGGGGCGGCAUGGCGUAGUGAAGUGAAGUGAAGUGAAGUGAAGUGAAAUAUAUUUAUAUAGCGCUUUUCUCUAGUGACUCAAAGCGCUUUACAUACUGAAACCCAAUAUCUAAGUUACAUUUAAACCAGUGUGGGUGGCACUGGGAGCAGGUGGGUAAAGUGUCUUGCCCAAGGACACAACGGCAGUGACUAGGAUGGCGGAAGCGGGAAUCGAACCUGCAACCCUCAAGUUGCUGGCACGGCCACUCUACCAACCGAGCUAUACCGCCCCACUGAUGGAGGGAGCUGCCAUGCAAGGCGCUAACCAGCACCCAUCAGGAGCGAGGGUGAAGUGUCUUGCUCAGGACACAACGGACGUGACGAGGUUGGUACUAGGUGGGGAUUGAACCAGGGACCCUCGGGUUGCACACGGCCACUGCACCACGCAAAAAAUUAUACUGAAUAUUGACAUAUUUUUAUUUUUAUUUUUUAUUGACCAGAACCCUUUGGGGUCCCUGAUAUCAAACCUGAGUGGAGGCUGAAAUGCAUCAUUUUUAUACAUAUAUUGUGUUGGUUUUUAAAAUAAAAAAUAUAAAAAUGGCCCCCACUUGCUUCGAUUUGGUAGAGCGGCCGUGCCAGAAGACUGAGGGUUGCAGGUUCGCUUCCCUCCUAUUGACGUCCAAAUCGCUGCCGUUGUGUCCUUGGGCAGGACACUUCACCCUUUGCCUCUCGGUGCCGCUCACACUGGUGAAUGGAUGAUGAAUGAAUGAUUGGUGGUGGUCGUAGGCGCAAACUGGCAGCCACGCUUCCGUCAGUCUACCCCAGGGCAGCUGUGGCUACAAAUGUAGCUUACCACCACCAGGUGUGAAUGAAGGAUGGGUUCCCACUUCGAGUAUCUAACAAUAGAAAAGCGCGAUAUAAAUCUAAUCCAUUAUUAUUAUUAUUAUUAAUUUAAAAAAACCGUUAGGUCUUACCUUUACUUAUAAAUGAAGUCCAUGCGCAGCUCCUUCUGAUCAAAAGCAUCGAUAACUUGCUUAUAGAAGUCUUCCUUAUCUUUCUUCAGUUUUAAAACUCUGUCUCGAUGGAGAUCUUCCUUUAUUACCUGCUCCAGCACACAUCACGUCACUCAUUUCACUUCUGCAGCCGAGUAGUCGCAAGAAGGAUCACUAGCGCCCUCUACCACCAGGAGGCGGGAGAUAUUUAAUGACUCAUAUUUGACAGACGCAGCUACGGUAUUGUGACGGUCUCCAGCCGUCGUCUUAUGGGUUCCCAGGAGCAACAAGGAAGGACAUGGCUUAAGCAGUUUGACUUUUAUUUUUCAAUAAAACGUCUGUCCAGGUCACUAUUCCGCUGGUCCUCUCCGCUCGCUCGCCGUCUCCAGGCGUGCCUUGCCUGCCUGUCGGACCGUCGGCUCCACAGGUAUAUUAAUAAAACAUAGUUGCUUACUACACUAGCUUGGACCUUAAAUCCUACUGAAUAGCUCUUAAUCUUCUUCCCUUUAUGCGAUUUCAAAUUACUGGUAUUGAAAUCAGCCUCCUCCAUUUUGAAAAUGAUGACAGGGGAAGUGUCAUAUGUGACGUGACGAGUUUGACCCUGUGGAAAUUCAAGGAAAUACGGUAUUUGAGAUCUGAAAGGUUCCCCACUCAUAAAGUGAUUUUUUUUUAUUAGGUUUUUUUUACUUUUAACACUUAAAUUUCAAGAUCUACUUCCGAUAUAUCUGCUGAUUUUAAGUUUGAACAAUUAUUUUGUUUGUUUUAUGCUCUUACCUACCUUACCUACCUGCUGGAGGCUGCACGGCCAGGCUUUACAUUUCGUUGGAUCUAACAUAAUAGUGAGAGUCCAGUCCAUAGUGGACCUUAAAUCCUACUGAAUAGCUCUUAAUCUUCUUGCCUUUAUGCGAUUUCAAAUUACUGGUAUUGAAAUCAGCCUCCUCUGUUUUGAAAAUGAUGACAGGGGAAGUGUCAUAUGUGACGUGACGAGUUUGACCCUGUGGAAAUUCAAGGAAAUACGGUAUUUGAGAUCUGAAAGGUUCCCCACUCAUAAAGUGAUUUAUUUUUAUUAGGUUUUUUUUUACUUUUAACACUUAAAUUUCAAGAUCUACUUCCGAUAUAUCUGUCGAUUUUAAGUUUGAACAAUUAUUUUGUUUGUUUUUAUGCUCUUUUGUCAAAACUUUGAUGUUUUUAUAAGGCAACCACACAACAUAUACAAUAUUUUUUCCACUUAAAACAUUUUAAAGUGAUCAUUUUUAAGUAAUAAUUCAUUAUAAGAUAGAUUUUUUUGGUCUUUUUUUUUUUUGGAGCAACGGGGGGAAAAAAAAGGCAGAAGGAACAAAACAACUGCCUGCAUGACAGCUUUGUGUCAACAUUGCCACUUUUCCCUCAUUAUAUUUCACCUCAUUCCACUUUUUAAAUGUUUUUUUUUGUAUUUUUCCAAUAC